AUGACUGAUUCUGUAUCUUUAACACAGAAGGAGCUAAUGCUGAAUGCAGGCAUUGCGCUUGGAAUCCUAAUUCCUCUAUUUUUCUGCUGCUCAUUCUGGACUGUAGUCUUCUACAUUGGAGCAAUUAGGCUGAUAGGAAAUAUAUCCUUUCUGUACAGAACUGUCAAAGAGUACUAUUUGACAAAACAAUUAGAUCUGAGUCAAAGAUAUGGCGAAGGGACCUAUGCACUCAUCACUGGUGGAGCCAAUGGAAUUGGCUUGGAAUAUGCAAAUCAACUUGCUAAAAUGAACUUCAACCUUGUGAUCAUUGAUUUGAACCAAGAAGCAUUGGACAAAGCAAAAGAAGAUAUUACUAAAGCCUCUCCGAUAAAAGUUAGCACAAUUCAAGCUGAUAUUACAAGACUUAGAUCCAUUGCAGACUAUAAUGAUUUAUUAAAGCCUCUCAGAAGCUUUGAUAUUUCGGUCCUAAUAAACAACGUUGGAGCUGCCAGCACCCUCCCGUUCAACGAGGCGACUCCGUCUUUCGUCAGCACGAUCAUGGAUCUUAACAUAGUCUCUGUGGUUGCCUUCACUUCUUUAUUUUAUGAAAGACUCCUGGCAAGAACGAAUGGGGAUAAGCGUAGCGCUAUUAUAACUGUAUCUAGUUCGUCGUCAUAUUACCCAGUUCCAAACUUCUUCUUGUAUUCAGCGACCAAGGGCUUUGCUAGUUAUUUCAUGAGCACCUUUAUGAAGGAAAAAAGUCCUAAGAUUGAUGCUCUCACCGCCUGCCCUGGAUUUGUAUCUACUAGCAUGACCGGAUACAGGAAAGAUAGCAUCACUAUUGGACCUGACCUCUGUGUAAAAAAUUCGCUCAGAUCUCUUGGAAAUUUCAGCACCACUGAAGUGACGUAUAAAGUUAGGAUUAUGAUAUCCGGAAUCAUGCAAGGAAUAUGGUACAUCGACUCUUGUCUAUUCAAUAAAUUCCUUGAGUCAUUAGGUACUUCAGACGCUAAUAAAAAGGCGUUUGAAGUAAUGUCAAAAAGAGAGAGGCAACUCUUCAAAGAUUAACCAUUCUGUUCAUUGUCUGAACCUUUUUUACAGGAAUUUUGUCCUC